GCCGAUUUGUGCGCAUUAUGCCGUAGCGGUUAACGAGUGCAGCACAAACUAACACUGCGAGCAUACUGGGCAGCUGAGCCAAGUCUUAGCAGCGUUCAGCCACCAGAGAGGGUGACAAGUCAGAGAGAGCGUUUUAAAAAUAAAUGGCUGAGCGCAGCGUCCGCGGCAGCGUCGUCAAAGCGAUAGCAGCGGAAGCCACGCGCCGCAAGCGCGAUGCGGACAGCGCCACCGAAACGCCAGCCGCCGAGGAAGGACCACGCCGCAGCCGCCCCCGGCGCGCCUGCCGCGACGCUCCUGUCCAGACCCUCGCCGCCGCCGCGCCCGCUGCGGCGGCCGCGUCGCAGCCGUCGCUCCCGCUGAAGGGCAAGCUCCUGGUCAUCCACGCGAACACGAAGACCUAUGGCCGCGGCGGCGACACCGCGGCCGCGGGGGACGAUCACAGAUUAGUCGCGGCCAAGCGGUCGAACCGCGAAGAUUUCAAGUUUGCCGCCAAGGAUUAUAUAGCGAUGCGCGACGGCGGCGUCUACUCGGGCGAUCCCCGGGAAAACAAGCUGCUGCCGCUCCCAAGACCGACGUACACGGAGUUCAUCAACCGGGCCCAGCGCGCCAAGGCGUUAGACCGCCUCUUCUUUGUCUUUUGUCCGCCAGAUGCGCCGCGGUUGCCCCGGUUGAACUAUCGCGCCUACGAGCGCGUCGUGUAUGCUGGUGUGUCGUUCAGGCGCUUUGCCAAAAUCUGGCAACCGGAGCGCCACCAUUUCUUCAAGCCCCAAUUUCAAGCGAGGGUCAUGGCCAUGCUCCUCGCGCGGAACCGCGCGCAGCGCUCUGGGUCCGCCUUCGGAGUGCUCCCGGACGAGCUCCUGCACGACAUCCUGGCCUUCGCGUCGAGCAAGAAGGACGCGCGCCGCGACGACUACGACGACCUCGCGACCGUGAAUUCGGGCCAGCGCCACUUGUUCCUGCCGGCGCCGGGGUCGAGCGGCAUCCGCGACCAUCUCUUCGACGCGGUCUUUGGUCUAUAAAUUUGUAUGCUCUGCUAGAGCUUGGCCGCC